CCGGUUUUGCAUGGAGCUUCGGGAGCUCGGAACGUCAUGAAAAAAAUACCUACCUAACGUACCUGGAGGCAUUCCAGCAAAAGCCGCAUCAGCUCACUAGGGGAGAACAAAUCCACAUCGCAGCGACAUUGCCCCUUAUACAUUUGCAGCAAACGGCCGCAAAGGGUAUCAGACAAGCACCAACUUGCUGGCCAACUGUCGCGAAUUCCCCGUACUCCGGAAAUCAUUCUCGGCGCAUAAGCUUCGGCGUUAAGCAGGCGUUGGAGGACCUGGCCUCCCGUCAGCCUUCCCGGGCCUGUUUGCGCUCUCAGGUGUCCCAAGGUCAACAUCCGCUACGAUGCUACGAAGUGCGCUUGGGGCUAUCGAUGCCCUUAUUGGAGCGGGCGUGACUCCGGGGAAGAUCGCAAGACAGGCUGUUGGAAACAGAGGAUGGAUGGGGAAGAUGUCUGCGACGGGCCCAGUUGUACGUGUACCAUGGCAACAGAGAGCGUUCAUGUCACAGCUCAGAACAACAAGGCCUACUUUCGCUCGCUCGAGGUUUGGGCGGCCUAGGUCACCGUUUCUUAUUAGGCCGAGGCGCCCUUUCCAUUCAUCACGGCCGAAGCGAGCGGAUGCGGCGGACAAGACCGGGAAUGCGUCUGGGGAGCCGUUGUCGGUUAGCGCGAGGAUGAAGAAGCUGUCGAGGGAAUAUGGGUGGUCUGCGGUGGGAGUAUACCUAGCAUUGUCGGUCCUCGACUUCCCGUUCUGCUUCUUGCUCGUGCGGACCGUUGGCACCGAGAAGAUUGCACACAUCGAGCACGUCGUCGUUUCGAACGUCAAGAAGAUCAUUCCCGACAGCGUCGAGACGUGGUGGCGCGAAUACCGCCAAGCGCUCGGGGAGGCAAAGCGGGAGCGCAUGGGCGAGACUGGCGAGACCGAUGUCAUCUACCACGGGGUCGAGGAGGCCGAGAAGAGGAGCUCGCAAGAGGGAGCUAGCUUAGCCACGCAACUAGCGCUCGCCUAUGCCAUUCACAAGAGCUUCAUCUUUCUCCGCGUUCCGCUGACGGCUGCUGUCACGCCUAAGGUAGUCAAGGUGCUCAGAUCCUGGGGCUGGGAAAUUGGAAAGAGGAGAGUGAAAAGCCCAGUGAAGAAUUAGAGCAAGGACCUCCGUGUGGGUCAUUCCACACCAGCCGUGUCGACGGUGAGCAGGGGAGUGAGUGUCUUUGGGUAGCGGCGUUAAGUGAGCGGUAACUGCAUGAGCGCAUGGACUAGCAUCUCCCAUUAGACUGUAACAUCACCUUGUACCAGAUACCGAAAUACAUUUAAUGCUGACGGU